AUUGUUUUUGGAUGCAUUUUCAAAAUAGUUUUACACUUCCGUGAAGUUAUAGCGUGCUUUUACUUUGACGACCUGUCGUGAACCGGAAGUGUUUGAGCCUUGACUUAUUCGGAGCGUCUUGUUAGCCGUUCAACAAUGCAGCAACGGGAGGAGAAGCAGUUGGAGGCUGCGGUGGAGUCUCUCGCCUCUCGGGUGGCGCACGUCAAAAACGCUCUUCACAGCUUCAUUUACAAGUUGGAAAAUGAAUACGAGCGAUUAACAUGGCCUUCUGUUUUGGACAACUUCGCUCUUCUGUCUGGUCAGCUGAACACUAUCAAUAAACUGCUCAAGAACGAGAAGACACCGUCCUUUCGCAACCAGGUCAUAAUACCCCUGCUUCUGUCUCCAGACCGAGAUGAUGAUUUAGCAAAACUCACAGAGCAGCGUGUCCCAGUGUUCAGUCAUGAGAUUGUGCCAGACUACCUGCGGACCAAGCCUGAUCCAGAGGUGGAGGAGCAGGAGAAACAGCUGAGUACAGAGGCAGCGCGCAUCGGCCCGGAGGUGGCACAGAAACAGAUCCAGACGUUGAAUAAACUGUGUUCCAAUCUGCUGGAGAAGCUCAACAACCCUCGUGACGACAGAGACGCGGAGAGCGCAGCGAUACGACAGAACAAGCCGUCCUUCAACCCUGCUGACACUAACGCUCUGGUCGGAGCUGUUGCAUUUGGAAAGGGGCUCUCUAAAUGUAGGCCUCCAGGUCCAGUGGCCCCUGGACAUCCAGGACAAGGGCCCAUGAUGAGUGGAGGCCCGACCUUACAGCAGGUCACCAUCGGCGGUGGCUCAGGCCAGCAAGCAGGUAUGGGAGGACCUGUGGCUCCACAGCAGCAAGGGCAGCCAGGUAGGAGACCUGGAGAGCUGGGAAAAAUGCCAAGCAGCAUCAAGACAAACAUCAAGUCUGCGUCAAGUUCAAUGCAUCCUUACAACCGAUGAGCUCUUUUUUUUUUUUUUUUUUUUAUUUAUUCCAUCAUUCAUCAUUUGUUACAUUUCAGAGAAUCACCUCAGGACACAACAUCUACAACCUUUGUGAUCUUUUUACAUGAAGCCAUUCUUUUCAUGGAAUUGCCCAACUUCUACGAAGUUAUUUCUCUGCUCUCAAUCUGUUUCACCGACAUUCUUGGUUUCCUUUAAAUGAUCUAAAAUAAGUCAAAAUAUAUUUCUGACCAUGGGGGUAUUCGUUUUCAUUUUGCAUAAAACAUCUGAGCUUCGGUGUUUGAGCCACUAGAUGGCAGUGCGUCAUCAUUCAUGGGAUUAUAACAGCUUCUACUCUGAACUGUUCUCUGAUCGUUUUUCAAUAAAAUAUGCGUUAAAAAGAAAA